CAUUUUCACGAAAAUGUUGCGGGCGCCAUGUCUGUGGAAGAUCCCGAAAAAGCCUUCGAUUACAAACACAAUAUUCUGCGUCUGCAGUCUCGCACCAGGGCACCUGUGAAACCGCCGGGGACAUAAACAAAGCUGAGGGUAUCAAAAGCUGUGUUGAGACAGCCGUUAAACAUGAGAGCGGAUAUAAUGUCUGUUAAGCGUCUCAUGUGUUGUUGAGACGUGUAAACCGUGAGUUUUUCCUCCAGACUGUCAGUUAUAUCAAAAGCUUCAGCCAACGAGUGACUGAUGCUCCUCACUCUGGUUUCGGAGAAGGGCCAGUUCCGUUUCCAACCAUCAUGGCUUUUGUGAGCCUCUUCUCCAGUCCCCCAAGCCCCGCACUUGACAAAAUCAUGACAGACUGUGAGCUGACAGGGGAAGAAAGGGAGGACGGUGAAUUGGAAGAUGGAGAAAUAGACGAUGAAGGCAUAAGCAUAGAAGAAGUGAAGGAAAUCAAGGAAGAGUCUGAAGAGUUUGAUAAAGACAAAGAGAAGGGAAAAGAGAGGGAAAAAGAUGAGAAGUCACACCGGCAUUCCCGAAAACGACACAGGAAAAUUAAAGAAAAGCACCGGUCAAAGAGAAAGAGGCGAGACCGGCAAAAGCAUCACACUCCGUCCAGUGGCUCCAGUUCAGACAGCUACGACUCCGAACAUGAACGUCAGGACAGACGUAAGAGCAAGAAGAGCAAAUUAAUGUAUCGUGAUCACGAUGGAGAUUUUGCACAGCGGGAAAAUGAACCCACAAAAAUCCAGAGAUCAGUGCAGCAUAAGAACAGUGAUUUGGACAAAUACAGUGACUACAGUGAAGAAAAGUAUGAUUAUGAUGAUGAGGACGAUUACUCUGAGGAGCUGUCCAAAUACAAGCAUGCUAAAGAGUCGUCUGGUCAUGGUAAAGGUGGGACACCUAAAGAUCAGUCUAAGAGAUCAAAUAUAAAGGGACAGCAAAAGCAACAACAGCAGCAGUUUGGUGGGCAGCGUGGCAGAGGUCGUGGUGGUGUUGUUGGCAGAGGACGAGGAAUGCUGAACAAAAAUAAGAAACUGAAGGGCAAGAACUGGGGCAGAGGCCGUGGUCGAGGAGGAGAGCAAAUUGGAGGAGAUGUGGACUCUAAAGGUCCACCCAUUUUCCAGAAAAAGCGUCCAAUCAUGAGUCAGGAAUUCAUUAAUCAGCAUACGGUUGAACACAAUGGAAGACACAUUUGUAAAUAUUUCCUCGAGGGUAGAUGCAUCAAAGGUGACCAGUGCAAGUUUGAACAUGAUAAUGUUGUUCCAGAGAAGAAGAAAGAACUGUGCAAAUUUUACGUCCAGGGAUACUGUACCAAAGGAGAUAUUUGUAUAUACAUGCACAGUGAGUAUCCUUGCAAAUUCUUUCACACCGGAGCAAAGUGUUAUCAAGGAGACAACUGCAAGUUCUCCCAUGAGCCUUUAACUGAUGUCACCAAGGAACUUUUGGAUAAGAUCUUAAAUACAGAUGAGGAAACUGUCCAUGAAGACGAGCUUGAGUUAGAAAAUCUGAGAAAACAAGGAAUUGCCCCCCUGCCUAAACCCCCUCCAGGUGUUGGAUUAUUACCCACUCCUGGGCCUGGAAGUCCCACAGAUGGAAGCAAGAAGAUCCCUUCUCUGUUUGAGAUCAAAGUUCAGCCUACUGUGGACUUGGCACAGAAAAUCGCUCUAAGGCCCAAUUUCUACAACAGUACAUCGCCCCCUGCUGGACAGUUUCAAGGUGGUCCACCGUUUGGCAGCAGCCCUGAGGACAUGCAGGCUGGCAAUAUGAUGUCUCCUCCACCCAAUCCUUCCCAUUCUCCUCAUCCAGGCUCAAUAGGGAGUCCUCCACCAUCAUUCACAGGUCCAGGAAUACCCCAAAGCCCUCCAUGCCAACCUCCACCCCAAGGCUUUCCUAUUCCACCUCCAUGCCAGCCACCAGCUUUCCACGGCAGCAUGCAGCACAUGAGCUGUCCUCCAAUCAAUCAACAGGGGGCUCCAUUUCCACCCAUGCCUGAUGUGCAAAUGAACAUGCCUUUUCCAAACAUGGGCCAGAUGCCCUCAGAAUUCUUCAAGACUUUGUUUAGCAGCCAGUCUCUUGCUCAAGGGGCUACAGAUGAGGGACCCAUGCAGGACUCUCAGCAACAUGGUAACACCGAUUCCAGUGGCAUGCAGGACUUCCUUCCGGCUGUACAGAAGGCUUUGCUUUUACAUCUUAACCAGAACAAGCAGGACUCUGACUCUCACAGGGAAGAGGGACAAGGGUCUACACCUUCCAACAGAGAUAAAGACGAAACUCCUAACUGGUACUCCAGCGAUGACGAGGAGGGCAGCAGUGUAAAAGCAAUCCUCAACACGCUCAAGAAGCAAAACGAAAUGCUGAAAAUCCAACCCAGCGUGGCACCAGCUGACCCAAGACUCCAGAAGGAACGUGUUGUUGACCCUCGAAUAAAAGCAGACCCACGUCAGCGUCCGCCAGACCCCAGAAAAGAGGAUGCUGUUGGAGACCCCAGGCUUGCCAGAGACCCACGCAAAAUAAAACCUUCAGAUGCCCCCAAACCUGACCCUCAUCAUCGGCACCCCUCCGUGUCCCACAAAACACCAGGAGGAGAGGAUGAUGACGAAUGCGAAAGAGAGCUUCGCGAACGUGCAGUUUUAAUCCCUCUAGAUCCCAUUCCCGGAGGAAUCCAGCGAGACCCGCGCUGUCAAAUUAAACAAUUCAGUCACAUCCGGGUGGAUAUUCUCCUCCAGCGUCCGGCUUUUUCUCAAACCGUAAUUUGGGCUCCAGAAGACCUCAUCCCGUCGUUGAUUCCCAAACAGGAGCACUCCAUAAAUCUGCCGCUUCCACCGUUGAUCGCUGAUGCGCAAUUAAACCGUAGCCUUUCAUCUCCACCGGAUCACCCUCCAUCUGCAACUCUGAGUCCUCCAGAUCCACGUUUGGCCGCCGCACGCUUUAAAGAGGGCAUCGUGCGGAUUGGAAGUCCUCCUGGUAGGAGUGUAGAUCCUCGCCAUCAAGACAAACCUACAGAUCCACGCACUCAUAAAACACUCGAUCCCAGAAUAAACCGCUCCGGAAGUCUAGACUCCAAGCUUCCUAUUACAAAGGAAAGUCCAACUGAAAGAGUUGAUCCAAGAAUACAGCGAGCGUCCUCAAACCAACCGGUUGGUGUGGAAAAAUCUGAGAAGUUGCCUCCGUAUGCACCACGUCUGGCUUCAUCGAUGGGUGCUGGUCUUGAAAGCCCGACCACAUUGUUAGGGGGGAUUAGUUUAUAUGAUCCACGUAAUCACAGCUUACUUUCUCCGAAACGUGAAGGCGAAGAGGAACCUAAAAAGUCAGGUAUACUAAAGCCGCCGUCUACGAAGUUGUCUCCUUCUCAUGGAUCGCCUGAAAAAGAUGAUAAGAACACUAUUGAGGACUCUAAGAGCAGUGCAAGUGUUUCGAUUCCUCCAGUGCCUACAGUAAUGCCGGCGUCUCCUUGUUCUCCUGUUUUGGCGGCAGCUCCAGCAGUGCAUAAUUUACCCAUUCAGGCACUGGCAGGACUGAUACGGCCUGCAUAUACUGACCCACGGCAAAACAAACCUGUCGGCUCCACUGGUGCAAAUGCACAGGAGGAAGAGGAGGACAAAGACAGUAAGAAGAAAGACAGGCCUUUAAGGGAUGUCUUUAAAACAUUUGACCCUACAGCAUCGCCAUUCUGUCAGUAAACACACUCACACUAAAUACACAGCAAAAAAAAGUUAUUCGAGUUUCUUAGAGUUUUUGUCUUGUUUCUAGUGCAGAUAUUUAAAAAUUUUUGAAUCAAGAAGUAAAAAUAAUGUAAUCUUAAAUUUAGUCAAAAUAAGUGAGUUCUUCCUUAAAACAAGCUAAAUGAUCUGCCAAUGAGAUAUGCAAAAUAAACUUAU